CACAGAGAGAGAGAGAGAGAGAGAGAGGUUACAAUUCAAUGGCAUUCAAUCACUCCACACCCAACCAAUCCAUCCCUCUAUCUGAAAUAACCGUGGAAGCUUCUUCUUCAUCCAACGGUCACCAUAAUCCCGUUUCUCAUUCCCCAAGCAAAAAGAAAACUGACCGUUGGAAGACACUCUUCCUUGCUUACAAGACUCUGGGGGUGGUUUUUGGCGGCUUGGUGACGUCGCCGCUCUAUGUCUAUCCGUCGAUGAACUUAAAAUCUCCGAAUGAGGAUGAUUACUUGGGGAUUUACAGCAUCAUGUUCUGGACUCUUACCCUCAUUGGGGUUGUCAAGUACGUUGGAAUUGCUCUCAGUGCUGACGAUCAAGGCGAAGGUGGAACUUUUGCUCUAUAUUCAUUGCUUUGUAGGCAUGCGGAUGUCGGCAUCCUUACAUCCAAACGGGUUCAUUCAAAGUCGGUCCUUUCAGAUGGUGGCCAAUCCAUGGGCACUGAAAAGCAAAAUUGGCUGCAGAAAUUCUUUGAAAGGAGCAUGGUUGCAAGAAGGGUAUUGCUUUUUGUUGCAAUGCUCGGGAUGUGCAUGCUAAUAGGUGAUGGCAUCCUUACUCCUGCCAUUUCAGUGUUAUCGGCAAUGGAUGGAUUAAGAGGGCCUUUUCCUUCCAUCAGUAAAUCUAUCAUCGAAGCUCUAUCUGCAGCAGUUCUGAUUGUUCUAUUCCUCUUGCAAAAGUUCGGGACAUCCCGCGUGAGUUUCCUUUUCUCUCCUAUCAUGGCUGCGUGGACUUUCACUACUCCGAUGGUAGGAAUAUAUAGCAUUAUACAUCACUAUCCGAGAAUAUUCAAGGCGAUAUCACCACACUAUGUAGUCCAUUUCUUUCUGAGAAAUGGAAAGGAAGGCUGGCUGUUGCUUGGCGGCACCGUCUUAUGCAUUACAGGUGCCGAAGCAAUGUUUGCUGAUCUUGGCCAUUUCAAUAAAAGGUCGAUUCAGAUGGCCUUCCUGUUCAGCAUAUAUCCUUCUUUGGUCCUAACAUAUGCUGGACAAACAGCAUAUCUGAUCAAGAACCUCAACGAUCAUGACGAUGGGUUUUACAAGUUCGUGCCAAAGAAGGUCUACUGGCCCAUGUUUGUAGUUUCAACACUCGAAGCAAUCGUUGCAAGCCAGUCAUUGAUAUCUGCCACGUUUUCUGUAAUCAAGCAAUCAGUGGCCUUGGAUUACUUCCCUCGGGUUAAGGUGGUCCACACAUCCCCCCACAAGGAAGGCGAGGUUUACUCUCCGGAAGUCAACUACAUUCUCAUGGUUUUAUGUGUUGCAGUCGUUCUUGGUUUUGGAGAUGGAAAAGAUCUCGGAAAUGCUUUCGGUGUUGUAGUCAUCAUGGUAAUGCUCAUCACCACUGUUCUACUGACACUGGUCAUGGUCAUAAUAUGGCGGACGCCGCUAUUGCUGAUCGGCCUCUACUUCAUUGUUUUCUUCAUCAUGGAAGGAGCAUAUGUGAGUGCGGUUUUCACCAAGAUUCCGGAAGGUGGGUGGGUCCCAUUCGCCAUUUCCAUCAUACUCGCCUUCAUAAUGUUCGGCUGGUACCAUGGGAGGCUGCGGAAGUUGGAUUACGAAAUGACCCACAAAAUAACUUUGGACAAUCUCAGCGGGCUUUUAUCCGAUCCAAAUAUCCAAAGAGUUGCCGGAAUCUGCUUCUUCUACAGCAAUAUACAAGAUGGGCUAACUCCAGUCUUUGGACACUACAUAAAGAACGUGCGAUCUUUGCAUAAGGUGACUAUUUUUACAACUCUCCAAUACUUGCUAGUUGCGAAAGUCGCCCCAAAUGAGAGAAUCAUCGUCAAGAGGUUGGGCCUUAGUGGUAUGUACUGCUGUGUGAUUCAAUAUGGGUAUGCAGAUUCACUCAGUAUUGGAGGAGAUGAUCUUGUAAGUCAAGUGACCGAUGCCUUACGGGUCCACAUUUAGAAGGGCCCAGAAGGGCCACUGCCUGUUUUGACAUCAGUUGAAGAAGAGCUUUCGGAGUUGGAGAGUGCCAAGCUUGCCGGCAUGGUGCAUGUUCAGGGAAAGACAAGGUUCCAUGUAGGUAAAGAUAUUGGAUGGUUUGAUAAAAUCUUGCUCAGAUUUUAUGAAGUUCUACACAGUAAUUGUAGAUCGGCAUUGCCAGCAUUGGGGAUACCAUUGAAUCAACGUAUUGAGGUCGGCAUGCUUUACGAAGUGUGAGAAUGCAUGUUUCCAUGUUUUCUUUUUCUGGUAAUACAAAAUGUGAAUGUUGGAAAAAUAUUGAUUAUUGGGCUGUUUGGAGGACCUCGAUCGCAGAAGAAAUUCG